UUCAGGGAAAGGGGGGUCCGCCACGGGGGUUUAAGAGGGAAGGUGUAUCCUCAGUAGCCAUCUCCUCGUGUGCUUGUACGCCGGUAGAGUCGAGGUAAACUAGUCUCUGCACUCCAAGAUGAGGUCCUCCUCUCGCUUCGUUGGCGCCCUUGCGGCGGCGGCAUCGUUCCUGCCGUCUGCCCUCGCCCAGAACAAUGCUCCUGUGACAUUCACCGACGCGGACUCCGGCAUCAUCUUCAACUCCUGGGGCAUCGCCGACGGGGCUCCCCAAACCCAAGGCGGUUUCCAGUUUGGUGUAGCUCUCCCUGAGGAUGCUCUCGAGACUGACGCCUCGGAAUUCCUCGGUUACCUGCAAUGCGCGAGGACCGAAGGUGCGGGAUGGUGCGGUGUCUCCCUGGGCGGCCCCAUGACCAACUCGCUCCUCAUCACGGCCUGGCCGCACGAGGACACCGUCUACACCACCCUCCGCUUCGCGACCGGCUACGUCAUGCCGGAUCUCUACACGGGAGACGCCGAGAUCACCCAGGUCUCUUCCACCAUCAACGCGACCCACUUCACCCUGAUCUUCAGGUGCCAGAACUGCCUGCAGUGGAGCCAGGACGGUGCUGAGCGCAGCGCCUCCACGAGCUCCGGUGCCUUGGUCCUCGGUUGGGUCCAGGCCUUCGGCGAGGUUGUCAACCCCACCUGCCCGGACCAAAUCUCCCUCGACCAGCACGACAACGGCAUGGGCAUCUGGGGCGCCCAGCUCGAUUCCAACGCCGCCAACCCGUCCUACACCGCCUGGGCUGCCCAGGCCACCAAGACCGUCACUGGCGAGUGCGACGGCUCGACCCCGACCGACGUCAUCAGCGUCCCCGUGCCGACCGACGCCGUGUUCGACUACAUCGUCGUUGGCGGCGGUGCUGGUGGUAUCCCCGCUGCUGACAAGCUUAGCGAGGCCGGCAAGAAGGUUCUGCUCAUCGAGAAGGGCUUCGCCUCGACCGGCGAGCACGGCGGCACUCUCGGCCCCGAGUGGCUGGAGGGCACCGACCUUACCCGCUUCGACGUCCCCGGCCUGUGCAACCAGAUCUGGGUCGACUCCAAGGGCAUUGCGUGCGAGGACACCGACCAGAUGGCCGGUUGCGUUCUCGGUGGCGGUACCGCUGUGAACGCUGGUCUGUGGUUCAAGCCUUACUCUCUCGACUGGGACUUCAUCUUCCCCACCGGCUGGAAGUACCGUGACGUCCAGGCCGCCAUCAACCGCGUCAUCAAGCGCAUCCCGGGCACUGACGCCCCCUCGACCGACGGCAAGCGCUACUACCAGGAGGGCUUCAACGUCCUCGCUGGCGGUCUGACUACCGGUGGCUGGAGCAAGGUCACGGCCAACUCGGCCCCCGACAGCAAGAACCGCACCUUUGCCAAUGCCCCCUUCAUGUUCUCCGGCGGUGAGCGCAACGGGCCCCUCGCCACCUACCUGACCAGCGCCAAGAAGCGCAGCAACUUCAACCUCUGGCUCAACACCUCGGUCAAGCGUGUCAUCCGUGAGGGUGGCCACAUCACCGGUGUCGAGGUCGAGGCUUACCGUGACGGUGGCUAUGCGGGUAUCGUGCCCGUCACCAGCGUUACCGGCCGUGUCGUUCUAUCCUCGGGUGCUUUCGGGAGCGCCAAGAUCCUGUUGAGGAGUGGUAUCGGCCCGACUGACCAGCUCGAGGUUGUCAAGAACUCGGAGAAGGACGGCCCGACCAUGAUCAGCAACUCGUCGUGGAUCAACCUGCCGGUUGGCUACAACCUGGAUGACCAUCUUAACACUGACACCGUCAUCACCCACCCCGAUGUUUCGUUCUACGACUUCUACGCGGCGUGGACCGACCCCAUUGUGGCCGAUAAGGACAGCUACCUCAACAGCCGCACUGGCAUCCUUGCCCAGGCCGCUCCCAACAUUGGUCCUAUGAUGUGGGAGGAAAUCAAGGGUGCUGAUGGCAGAGUCCGCCAGCUCCAGUGGACUGCCCGUGUCGAAGGCAGCCUUGACACCCCCAACGGCAAGGCCAUGACCAUCUCCCAGUACCUCGGCCGUGGCGCUACCUCGCGUGGCCGCAUGACCAUCACCCCCGCCCUCACCACCGUCGUCUCGGAUGUCCCCUACCUCAAGGACCCCAACGACAAGGAGGCCGUCAUCCAGGGUAUCAUCAACCUGAAGACGGCCCUCAACACCGUCGAGGGCCUGACCUGGACCUUCCCCAACGCGAGCGUCUCUGCCCGCGACUACGUCGACAACAUGGUCGUCGCCACCAGCAACCGCCGCGCCAACCACUGGAUGGGCACCAACAAGAUCGGCACCGACGACGGGCGCAGCGGCGGCAGCGCCGUCGUGGACCUGAACGCCAAGGUGUGGGGCACGGACAACCUGUUCGUCAUCGACGCCUCCAUCUUCCCCGGCGUCCCCACCACCAACCCGACCUCGUACAUCGUCACGGCGUCGGAGCACGCCUCCCACCGCAUCCUCGGCAUGCCCGCCCUCAAGGCCGUGCCCCGCUACGGCCAGUGCGGCGGCCGCCAGUGGACCGGCAGCUUCGUCUGCGCCGCCGGCUCCACCUGCAAGGCCCAGAACGCCUACUACUCGCAGUGCUUGUAAGCAUGGGGCGUAGCAUAGCAUCAUGGUGUUGGGGUUUUAUCAGGGG